CCUGGACUUUGUCUCACAAGAUGAAAUGUUGACGCCACUGGGGAGAUUGGACAAGUAUGCUGCAAGUGAGAACAUAUUUAACAGAACCAACCGUGAGAGCAGAGCUGAUGGAACAGGUGCCUCAUAUUGCAUUGUUUUGUCAAGAAAACCGGCCUUCAAUCCCAUAUGCUUUUUCCAAAUACUUACUACCUAUCGUGGUUAGAUAUCUCGCAGAUCAGAAUAAUCAGGUAAGAAAAACAAGUCAGGCAGCUUUGCUGGCUCUGCUGGAGCAGGAGUUAAUUGAGCGAUUUGAUGUGGAGACCAAAGUGUGCCCUGUCCUCAUAGAGCUAACUGCCCCAGAUAGCAACGAUGAUGUGAAAACAGAAGCUGUGGCUAUAAUGUGCAAAAUGGCUCCCAUGGUUGGGAAGGACAUUACAGAGCGUCUUAUCCUCCCUAGGUUUUGUGAGAUGUGCUGUGAUUGCAGAAUGUUUCAUGUUCGAAAGGUGUGUGCUGCCAAUUUUGGAGAUAUUUGCAGUGUAGUUGGCCAGCAAGCUACUGAGGAGAUGUUGCUGCCCAGGUUUUUCCAGCUUUGUUCUGAUAACGUGUGGGGAGUCCGGAAGGCUUGUGCUGAAUGCUUCAUGGCCGUUUCCUGUGCGACAUGUCAAGAAAUCCGACGGACUAAAUUGUCAGCACUGUUUAUUAAUUUGAUCAGUGAUCCUUCACGUUGGGUUCGCCAAGCGGCUUUUCAGUCUCUGGGACCUUUCAUAUCUACUUUUGCUAAUCCAUCUAGCUCAGGCCAGUAUUUUAAAGAAGAAAGCAAAAGCUCAGAAGAUACGUCAGUAGAAGACAAAAAUAGGAUCAGAGAUCAAGAAGUCCCAGAGGAUGUACAGAUCAGGCCAGAGGAUGUUUCUUCAGAUCCCAGUAUUAGUAAUUCCAGUGUCAAACUGGAAAACAUGGUGGAAGAUCAUGCUGAAACAUCUAGGAAAUCUCCAGGUGAAAUAAGUGUCCCAGUGGACAGCUCUUUACUUUGUACUUUGUCCUCAGAAUCUCAUCAGGAAGCAGCUAGUAAUGAGAAUGAUAAAAAGCCUGCUAACUGCAAAUCUGCCUUACGGCCAGAAGGUGGCGCCAGUUCACCAGAUUCAGCUCUCUUAGAUCAGGAAUUGUACAACUCCUUCCAUUUCUGGAGGACUCCUCUUCCUGAAAUAGAUCUAGAUAUAGAGCUUGAGCAGGGCUCUGGGAAUACUCCCAGCCCAGAGAGACCAGAAGAAACCUCUGAAGUCACCGUACCAGGUUCUUCAAAUAUCACUAUGGCCACCAGAAAGGAACUUGAAGAAAUGAUAGAAAAUCUAGAGCCGCACAUUGAUGAUCCAGAUGUUAAAGCGCAAGUGGACGUGCUGUCCGCCGCGCUGCGCGCUUCCAGGCUGGAUGCUCGCGAGGAGGCCAGUGAUGCAGAAAACAGAAGUGAUGUGCAAGAUGAGCUGGGUGUAAAUGAGCUACCAAACUGUAAAAUAAAUCACGACGCCUCCGUGCCUUUAAUCAGCGAUGCUGUUGAGAAUAUGGACUCUGCCCUUCGCUAUAUUCAUAAUGAUUCGGACUUGAGCACCAACAGUAGUUUUAGCCCUGAUGAGGAGAGGAGAUCCAAAGUACAAGAUGUUGUGCCUCAGGCUCUGUUAGAUCAGUAUUUAUCUAUGACUGACCCGUCUCGUGCACAGACAGUCGACACGGAGAUCGCUAAGCACUGUGCAUACAGCCUUCCCGGCGUGGCCCUGACCCUGGGCAGGCAGAACUGGCACUGCCUGAGAGAGACCUACGAGACGCUCGCGUCAGACAUGCAGUGGAAGGUUCGAAGAACAUUAGCCUUCUCCAUCCACGAGCUUGCAGUUAUUCUUGGAGAUCAGCUGACAGCUGCAGAUCUGGUUCCAAUCUUCAAUGGAUUUUUAAAAGACCUCGACGAAGUCAGGAUAGGUGUUCUUAAACAUUUGCAUGAUUUUCUGAAGCUUCUUCAUAUUGACAAAAGAAGAGAAUAUCUUUAUCAACUUCAGGAGUUUUUGGUGACAGAUAAUAGUAGAAAUUGGCGCUUUCGAGCUGAACUGGCUGAACAGCUGAUUUUACUUCUAGAAUUAUAUAGUCCCAGAGAUGUUUAUGACUAUUUACGUCCCAUUGCUCUGAAUCUAUGUGCAGAUAAAGUUUCUUCUGUUCGUUGGAUUUCCUACAAGUUGGUCAGUGAGAUGGUGAAGAAGCUGCACAUGGCGACGCCCCCCACGUUUGGAGUGGACCUCAUCAAUGAGCUUGUAGAAAACUUUGGUAGAUGUCCCAAGUGGUCUGGUCGGCAAGCCUUUGUCUUUGUCUGCCAGACUGUCAUUGAGGACGAUUGCCUUCCCAUGGACCAGUUUGCCGUGCAUCUGAUGCCACAUCUGCUAACCUUGGCGAAUGAUAGGGUUCCAAAUGUUCGAGUGCUGCUCGCAAAGACAUUAAGACAAACUCUACUAGAGAAAGAAUAUUUCUUAACCUCUGCCGGCUGUCAUCAGGAAGCCGUGGAACAGACCAUCGUGGCUCUUCAGAUGGAUCAGGACAGUGAUGUCAAGUAUUUUGCAAGCAUCCACCCUGCUAGUACCAAAAUCUCUGACGAUGCCAUGAGCACAGCUUCCUCAACCUACUAGAAAGCUGGAACCUCACUGUCCUCCUGCUUCCUCGGGAGCCAAGGGCUGACAAGUGCCCCACACGUGUGAUCUAGGACAGCCUCUGGGAGGAGGAGAGACCUUCCUCUCUCGCAGACUCAAUUGCAGGUGCAAGUUGCCUACACUGAUACCAGGGAUUUUAAGAGUCAAGAGAAAGUACAGUAAACACUAUUAUCUUA